AAUAGUUAUUCAUCAUUUCUUGCGCAAAGCGCCUGUGAUUGGUUGGUUUCCAGGUAUAUUGCCUCCCUUUUCCUUUUCCGGCCUCUUUCUUUCACGCGUCCCUACCGUGAGAUCUUUUUUACCUUGUCUUUAAAUCGCUAAGCGAUCCUUGGAAGCACUGUCAAGAUGCCCAGGGAAGACAGGGCCACGUGGAAGUCCAACUAUUUUAUGAAAAUCAUCCAACUGCUGGAUGACUUCCCCAAAUGCUUCAUUGUGGGUGCAGACAAUGUCGGCUCCAAGCAGAUGCAGCAGAUCCGUAUGUCCCUCCGUGGCAAGGCCGUUGUGCUCAUGGGCAAGAACACCAUGAUGCGCAAAGCCAUCCGUGGCCACCUGGAGAACAACCCUGCGCUGGAGAGGCUGCUUCCUCACAUCAAAGGAAACGUUGGCUUCGUCUUCACUAAAGAGGACCUGGUUGAGGUCAGGGACAUGCUGCUGGCUAACAAGGUGCCAGCUGCUGCCCGUGCCGGUGCCAUCGCCCCCUGUGAGGUCACCGUGCCGGCCCAGAACACCGGUCUGGGUCCCGAGAAGACCUCUUUCUUCCAGGCUCUUGGCAUCACCACCAAGAUCUCCAGAGGAACCAUUGAAAUCUUGAGCAAUGUGCAACUGAUCAAGGAAGGAGACAAGGUGGGCGCCAGCGAGGCCACGCUGCUCAACAUGUUGAACAUCUCGCCCUUCUCUUACGGGCUCAUCAUCCAGCAGGUGUACGACAACGGCAGUGUGUACAGCCCCGAGGUGCUCGACAUCACCGAGGAGGCUCUGCACAAGCGUUUCCUUGAGGGUGUGAGGAACAUCGCCAGUGUGUGCCUGGAGAUUGGAUACCCCACUCUGGCAUCCAUCCCCCACUCCAUCAUUAACGGCUACAAGAGGGUCCUGGCUGUUGCAGUGGAGACCGAUUACUCCUUCCCCUUGGCUGAGAAGGUGAAGGCCUUCCUGGCUGACCCGUCUGCAUUCGCAGCGGUCGCAGCCCCAGCAGCUGCAGCUGAAGAGGCAGCCGCUCCGGCUGCUGCUGAGGAGGCUGCCAAGGAGGAGUCUGAGGAGUCCGAUGACGACAUGGGCUUUGGCCUGUUUGACUAAAUCACAAGAGGACAUCUCUGUUAAAACAACCAAAUAAAAGAAACAUCUGAACCCUA